AUGUGGGAUUUGGGUGUAGCGGUUCGAAAGCGGGUGAUAAGAAUAAUGCGGGAGAUCUGCGAGAGACAACCCGAGUUCGGCAAGAUUCCCGAGAUGUUGUCGAGGAUCGUGAGGAGGGUGUGCGACGAGGAGGGCGUCAAGAAACUCACUCUCGAAACGUUUCAAUUCCUAUGGUUUCAGCCCGUGAAGGAUAGGGUCGAGUGUGCGCUGCUUAUUAAGAAGGUCGGGUUUUUGGUUUAUUUGUCACUUUUGGUGGUUCAAAUGACCGAAAUGGUGCAAAUGUGUAUGCGAGAUAAUUCGUUGGAGUUUUUCGAGCAGUUGUUGAAUAAUCUGCUGAAAGGCGGCGAUAAAACGCUGCUGUUGGCGUCGACGCAGAUGGUGGACACUCUGGUGGAUAAUAUAUUGACGUUGGACUCGAAAAUAGCGAGUGUUGGUAUUUUUGUUGUUUUGUUCGUUUUGCUUGAGGCGGAACUGAACCUGGGAGGUAGGCGAGGUGAGUGUCUAGUUGUGAAUGGAGCCGCUAACCGACUGCGCUAG